AUGAAGAGGGGGAAUAAGAGAAAAGCGACAAAGGAGAAAACGAGGAUAGAGUUUGAGGAGGCAUUACAUGCUCCCGUGCAUCGAUAUAAUGAUGAUAGUGAUGAUGACAGCGAUGACCCAGUGUAUGUGCCUGAUGACAUAGAAACUGACCAAGAGGCUAGAGAUUGGCGGCAGGUGCAAGCAUUGAGCCAACAGAGUCUUCAUAAGGAUAUGGAAAGGAGAUCACAGAGUACAAGGGCAACCCCACCUCCAGCUCCAGCUCCAGUGGUUCCACCUCGUGUGAACCCCGUUCUACAACAGGAUCCCCAUGCGUACAGGAAAAAGGGUAGUAAGCAGCGUAAGAUAAAGGGGAUGUGGGGAGACAUGAAGGUUUAUGUUGGGGAGGCAGUGUCUAAGUGGAUGUUAUUUCAUAGCAUCCUAGCAAAUGCCACCACAGGUCCUUAUUACCAGCCGAUGCUUGAUGCUGUGGCUGAGGCCGGUCUAGGGAUAAAGGGGCCGACUGCAUAUGAGGUGAUGAAUGUAUAUUUGCCUAAGGAGAAGGCUGACUUGAAAGUAUAUACUGAUGAGUUAAAAGUUAUGUGGAAGAGCUAUGGGGUAACCAUAAUGUGUGAUGGUUGGACAGGACCCACAAGAAAAUCCAUCAUCAAUUUUAUGGUUUAUUGUGAUGGUAGAACCAUUUUCUUGAAGUCUAUUGAUGUAUCCAAGGAAAGAACGGAUGCAAUAUAUAUUUAUAAGCUUUUAAAAGAUGUUGUGGAAGAAGUUGGGAUACAAAAUGUCGUUCAAAUUGUGACUAACAAUGGAAGUAACUACAAGAAGGCCAAAAUUAAAAUGAUGGACAACCCUAGAUUCCAACUCUUUUGGACUCGUUGUGCAGCACACUGUAUUGACCUAAUGUUAAAGGACAUGGGAAAACUUAAAAUUGUGCAGACUGUGGUUGAAAGGGCUAGGCAAGUGAGCACAUUUGUCUAUAAUCAUGGGUUUUCAUUGAACCUAUUGAGGGAGAAGUGCGGGGGUGACUUGGUCAAGCCCGGACUCACAAGAUUUGCUACCAACUAUAUUGCAUUCCAGAGUUUUGAAUCCAAGAAAGUUGGUCUUCGAUCCAUGUUCACAUCUAAUGAGUGGUUUGGUUGGAGGGAAGCAGGAUCAGCUAGUGGAAAGGAAACAUAG